GGCACUGCGCAUGCGCGGAGCGUUGACCGCGCUCCAGGUAGCGGAGUCCAGCGCAGCGUCCCGCGCCGACGUAUCCGCCACCGCCGCCGCCGCUGCUGCUGCCCGCGCCUUCUCAAGCAGGAUGGGUACCCGUGUAGCAGCUACUGCUGGACAUUUCCCAGACAAGAGCUUAUCGGGAGUGCCACGACUAUUGGAAGACCUCGCUCGGCUUGCCGAGGAUCACGAUUCUGCAGACAUCGUCUUUCUUGUGGGGCGAGAGGAGGUCCCUGUUUAUGCUCACAGGCUUAUACUCAUGGUCAGGUGUAAAAGCUUCCAGACGGCCAAGCGUGGUGAAGUGUGCCGCAUCCCGGGCUGCUCCGUGUCCCCAGCAGCCCCAGGCACACCCACCCCAGUGCGGCUGCCACACUUCCAGCCAGACACAUUCCGCAACUUUAUGCUAUAUGUAUACACUGGAAAGAUCAUACUACAGGACAGUGGUGUGUUUGAGAUGUUGACCUUAGCACAAGAAUUAGGAGUAGAAGAACUGAAGAAAACUUGUGAAGAUCAUGUAACAUCAACAUUGUCAGUCCUGAAUGCAUGCACAUUCUUGGCUGCUGCUAUGGAAAUACAGGACCAGGCAGCAGGUGGCAAGUGUACCAAAUCAUUUGUGGAACGAUGCAUUUCAUACAUCGGAGAAAAUGCCACAGGGUGUGUUAAGACCAAUUCAUUUCUUAAUUUGCCAAAGGAAGCCCUUAUUAAGUUGAUUUCUUCAGAUUAUCUUGCACUUGAAGAAGAAGAUGUGUGGCGAGCUGUGUUAAACUGGGCCAAAUAUCAAGCAGGUGUUACACAACCAACAGCCCACUGGACUGAGGAGGAAAGAGCACGAGUAUGCCAGCACCUUGCUGGAGUCAUCAACCAUGUUCGACUUUUACUUAUAGACAGUCAGGUUUUUGCAGAAGAGGUGGAGCCCACAGGUGCUGUGCCAAUGGAACUCUCUUUGGAAAGAUACCGCUAUGCAGCUCUUCCAAACAAAUUCCGUGAGAACUGUGAAGAUAAACGUCUGCAACCAAGAGUUUUUCUCAAGUUCUUCCCAGAUUCACAGAUCCUUGUGCAGGACAAGACAUCUUAUCACAGAGUGUUAAACAAUUGGUAUGGCUCUGCAAAGCAAGUGUGGAGACUGGUGUAUCGUGCAUCCACGCACGGCUAUUCUGCAGAAGCAUUCCACCGCCAUUGUGAUGGGAUAGCACCGACAUAUGUGAUUGCAUUGGGUGCAACAUCAGAGAUUUGUGGUGGUUUCAGUGAUGUCCCAUGGGAGAAGACAAACAUUACAGGCCACUACAUUCCUUCACAAAAGGCUUUUCUUUUUACACUGCCAAAUAAUCCAGAUUUAUCGCCAACCAAAUUUAACAUAGUAAAGAAGAUGUUUGCAAUAUGCUACCAUCCAGACUGUGGCCCCAUCUUUGGAGCUGGAGCAGAUCUGCUUAUUUCGAGCAACUGCAACAACAACAUGGACAGUUAUUCCAAUUUGCCACAUUCCUACGAUGGAGAAAAUGCCUCGUGUCUUGCUCUUAUGGGAGAUUACAAUUUUACCGUGCGUGAUUAUGAGGUUUUUACACCUGCUGGAAAAUAAACUGCACACUUCAAGUCAAGUUGUGGCAUUUAUGUGUAUUUAUAGGUAACGAAGUUUCCUGUUUACUUAAUUUCAUUCAUAUAAACAAUGUUUCCUGCACUGUGAAAGUACUUGGGGACUACAGUCAAAAUCUGGAUAUGAGGGUCACAAUUAAAAUCAUGAACAAUCCACUUUUAUGAGUGUUAAUUUUUAGACAAACUCUGUACAUAAUCUUAAUCUACAGACUUCUCUGUCACUUAUUAUUAUAAUCUCAAUUUCUCUGCACACAAUUUAUAUGUGAUUCUGUAAAUUCGAAAAUGUUUUUGCAGUAGAAGUCCAUUAUGGUUAUUUGAAUACCCUGAUGCACCACUUUCAGGAUGCCCUCUUCAGUAAGAAACUGACUGACAACACACUGUCAAAACAGAACACCGAUGUCAACCAUUUUGUAAACAUAGCCUAUGAUCACUCGAUAGAAGUUAUUGGUGUCACAGUGUUUCAACUCAUAUUGUAAAAUCUGUAUAUUUUGAUAAUACUUUCAUUUUUAUUGCAUUGGUUCAGUUGCUGAUGAGACAGAUUGUUGCUCAGGCCUUUCAGUAUAGCAUUCAUAUCUGCAUAUUGCAAUCAAGAAAUCAAUAAGAUGAGUCCACGUGUCAUUUUUAGACUGUUUGCAAUAGUGCUUGUAGAACUAUACAUGUGAAUUCCUUUAUUUCUUUUACUGAAUGCAAAUACUAUUGACAGCAAUGUGUUAUCCUCAGAAAGUUAUCUCAGUUUUAGGCAUUAAACCUGUAAUAAUCAUCUUGAAGACAACAGAUGAUCAACGACUGAAAACCUGAAUAAUCUGAAUACUAGUAUUGUUCCUACUGGCUCAGAGAGUUGCAAUAAAGGUUUCUUUUUUAAAAAAUUC